AAUAUGGCCGCGCCCACAGACUGCUGUAGUCUGAGUGAUUUGCAAAGGAAAUUAACCGCUUUGCAACAGAAAUUAGACGAAAAGACGAAAGAAUGUGAUGAUCUUAAGAGAGGAAUAAAAACAGAACACAACAAUUCUACAAUAGAGGAUAAGGAUAGGCUAAACUCUUCAUUGUGUGACGGAGAUGGCCGCAAGUGUGGUGUUCCAGAGUCUGUAUCAAGAGGAUAUUACUCAAGAGCCUUAUCUAAUAAAGAAAUUGCACGUUAUAGCAGGCAGUUAAUUUUGCCAGAACUAGGAGUAAAAGGUCAACAAAGAUUACGCCAAUCAUCAGUUCUUCUUGUUGGCGCUGGAGGGUUGGGCUGUCCUGCUGCAAUCUAUCUUGCCGCAGCUGGAAUAGGUUGCAUAGGAAUUGUCGAUUAUGAUGAAGUGGAACUUAGUAAUUUACACAGACAGAUUUUGCACACAGAAGCCCGGAUUGGGUGGGUAAAGUCAACCUCAAUUGCUGAAGCGAUUCACAGCCUCAACUCAACCACCGUCUGCAAUGCAUAUCACCUUGCAUUGAACAGUGACAAUGCCCGACAAUUAGUGGAGAAAUAUGACAUCAUUUUGGACUGCUCAGAUAAUGUUGCUACUCGUUAUCUACUGAAUGACUGCUGCGUGCUGUGCAGUAAGCCUCUUGUAUCAGGCAGUGCUCUAAGAUGGGAAGGACAGUUGACCGUAUAUGGCUGGAAAGGUGGACCAUGUUACAGAUGUUUAUAUCCCAUACCUCCACCUCCAGAGACUGUCACAAACUGCUCAGAUGGUGGAGUUUUAGGAGUAGUGCCAGGCAUCAUAGGCAGCUUCCAAGCCCUAGAGGCAAUUAAAAUGGCUGCUGGAAUCAACACGAGCUUCUCACAGCGUCUCAUGUUGUUUGACGGAUUAGAUGGCAGCAUGAGGUUCAUAAAACUUCGUGGUAGGCAAGACAGCUGUAAUGUGUGUGGCCGUAAUCCGGCCAUCAUGCAGCUACUUGAUUACGAGCAGUUUUGUGGUACGAGUGCAACAGACAAAGAACGAUGCCUCCACCUGCUGAAUAAAGAUGAACGCAUCUCUGCCAAGGAGUACAAAGCAAUGCUGGAAAGAAAAGAAGAUCACAUGCUACUGGAUGUUAGGCUGCAAGUAGAAAUGGACAUCUGCCAACUGCCCAAUUCUUAUAACAUUCCAAUUGGAGAUUUAAAGAAGGAAUCCAGAAUGAAAGAACUGCAGAAAGUGCUAUUAGAUGGCAAUUCCAAUGCAUUAUUUGUAGUGUGUCACCGUGGCAACGACUCCCAAAAGGCAGUGAGACACUUACAGCAGCAGUUCAAGAAUGAUGACAUUGAAAUCAAGGAUAUCAUAGGAGGAUUACAUGCCUGGUCAAAACAUGUAGAUCCCUCAUUUCCAAUAUACUAAUCAACCAUUCUCUUAGACAA